CCGUGCAGUCAGAGACCCUUGUGCAUGAAGACAGAUUUGUUCUAUGGCCUCGGAGUUGGGUGCCGGGGACGAUGGCGGCUGCACUGAGCUGGCAAAGCCCCUCUAUCUUCAGUACCUGGAGAGGGCCCUCCGGUUGGACCAUUUCCUGCGACAGACAUCAGCCAUCUUCAACAGGAAUAUUUCUAGUGAUGAAAGUGAAGAUGGACUGGAUGACAGUAAUCCUUUAUUGCCCCAGUCUGGGGAUCCCUUAAUACAAGUUAAGGAAGAACCUCCAAAUUCAUUGCUUGGUGAAACUUCUGGAGCAAGCAGUUCUGGAAUGUUAAACACGUACUCAUUGAAUGGAGUUCUACAGUCAGAAUCAAAAGCUGACAAAGGGAAUUUAUAUAAUUUCUCUAAGUUGAAGAAAAGCAGAAAGUGGCUAAAGAACAUUCUGCUAAGUGAUGAAUCCAGUGAGGCAGAUUCUCAGAGUGAAGACAAUGAUGAAGAAGAGGAAGAAGAGGAAGAAGAAGAGGAGGAGGAAGAACUGAAUCUCAGCAGAGAAGAACUUCAUAACAUGCUGCGGCUGCACAAAUAUAAGAAACUUCACCAGAAUAAAUAUAGUAAAGACAAGGAGUUGCAGCAAUACCAGUACUACAGCGCAGGCCUGCUCUCCACAUAUGACCCUUUCUAUGAGCAACAACGUCACCUACUUGGACCCAAAAAAAAGAAAUUUAAGGAGGAAAAGAAACUUAAAGCCAAGUUAAAAAAAGUAAAGAAAAAAAGGCGAAGGGAUGAAGAACUUUCCUCUGAAGAAUCCCCUCGUCGCCACCACCACCAGACCAAAGUCUUUGCCAAGUUCUCUCAUGAUGCACCUCCUCCUGGCAUCAAGAAGAAGCACUUAUCCAUUGAACAGCUUAAUGCUCGUCGCAGGAAAGUAUGGCUCAGCAUUGUGAAAAAGGAACUACCAAAGGCCAACAAGCAGAAAGCUUCAGCUCGUAACCUGUUUCUCACCAAUAGCCGAAAGCUUGCCCACCAGUGCAUGAAGGAGGUACGUCGAGCCGCCUUGCAGGCCCAGAAGAACUGUAAGGAGACCUUGCCUCGUGCCCGCCGCCUUACCAAGGAGAUGCUUCUGUACUGGAAGAAGUACGAGAAGGUGGAGAAGGAACACCGCAAGCGGGCUGAAAAGGAAGCCUUGGAGCAACGGAAGUUGGAUGAGGAAAUGCGGGAGGCCAAGAGGCAACAGCGAAAACUGAACUUCCUAAUCACCCAGACAGAGUUAUAUGCCCAUUUUAUGAGUCGCAAACGAGACAUGGGUCAUGAUGGGAUCCAGGAAGAAAUCCUAAGGAAACUGGAAGACAGUUCUACCCAGAGACAAAUUGACAUUGGUGGAGGGGUGGUAGUUAACAUCACACAGGAGGAUUAUGAUAGUAACCAUUUCAAAGCCCAGGCCCUGAAGAAUGCUGAAAAUGCUUACCAUAUUCAUCAAGCUCGGACAAGGUCUUUUGAUGAAGAUGCAAAAGAAAGUCGAGCAGCUGCCCUACGGGCAGCAAACAAGUCUGGCAGUGGGUUUGGGGAGAGUUACAGCCUGGCAAAUCCAUCUAUCCGGGCUGGUGAGGAUAUUCCACAGCCCACAAUUUUUAAUGGCAAAUUAAAAGGUUAUCAACUGAAAGGCAUGAAUUGGUUAGCAAAUCUCUAUGAACAGGGUAUUAAUGGCAUUCUUGCAGAUGAAAUGGGCCUUGGUAAAACAGUACAGAGCAUUGCCCUCCUUGCCCAUCUGGCUGAGAGAGAGAACAUUUGGGGACCUUUCUUAAUAAUUUCACCUGCUUCUACGCUUAACAAUUGGCAUCAGGAGUUUACUAGAUUUGUUCCUAAAUUCAAGGUGCUACCAUAUUGGGGAAAUCCUCAUGAUAGAAAAGUCAUAAGGAGAUUCUGGAGUCAGAAGACCCUUUACACUCAGGAUGCUCCCUUCCACGUGGUUAUCACCAGCUACCAGCUGGUGGUGCAGGAUGUAAAGUAUUUCCAGCGGGUCAAGUGGCAGUACAUGGUACUGGACGAGGCUCAGGCACUCAAGAGUAGUUCCAGUGUUCGUUGGAAGAUCCUCUUGCAGUUCCAGUGUCGGAAUCGGCUUCUGCUAACUGGGACCCCCAUUCAGAACACCAUGGCAGAGCUCUGGGCUCUGCUGCAUUUCAUUAUGCCAACAUUAUUUGAUUCACAUGAGGAAUUUAAUGAGUGGUUUUCCAAGGACAUUGAGAGCCAUGCCGAAAACAAAUCUGCCAUUGAUGAGAAUCAACUCUCUCGCUUACACAUGAUCUUGAAGCCAUUUAUGCUGAGGAGAAUCAAGAAAGAUGUAGAAAAUGAAUUGUCUGACAAGAUUGAGAUCCUAAUGUAUUGCCAACUGACCAGUCGACAAAAGCUACUCUAUCAGGCACUAAAGAACAAAAUUUCUAUUGAGGAUUUAUUGCAAUCUUCUAUGGGCUCUACCCAGCAAGCACAGACCACCACCAGCAGCCUCAUGAAUCUGGUCAUGCAGUUUAGAAAGGUGUGUAAUCACCCAGAGUUAUUUGAACGACAAGAAACUUGGUCUCCAUUUCAUAUUUCCCUAAAGCCAUACCAGAUUUCAAAAUUUAUCUACCAUCACGGACAGAUCAGGGUCUUCAACCAUUCACGAGACAGGUGGUUAAGGGUUCUUCUUUCUCCAUUUGCACCAGACUAUAUCCAACAGUCUCUCUUUCACAGAAAAGGUGUUAAUGAAGAAAGCUGUUUUUCUUUCCUUCGCUUUAUUGAUGUAUCGCCAGCAGAAAUGGCAAACCUCAUGCUUCAGGGACUUUUGGCCAGAUGGUUAGCUCUUUUCCUGUCUCUGAAAGCCUCCUACAGGCUCCAUCAGCUGCGCUCCUGGGGAGAGCCAGAAGGGGAGAGCCAGCAGAGAUAUCUGAGCAACAAGGAUUUCCUUCUGGGAGUUAAUUUUCCACUCUCCUUUCCCAACCUUUGCAGCUGCCCUUUGUUAAAGUCUCUGGUUUUCAGCAGCCACUGUAAAGCAGUGAGUGGCUACUCAGACCAGGUCAUCCAUCAGCGGAGAUCAGCUACCUCCUCGCUUCGUUGCUGCCUGCUCACUGAGCUACCAUCUUUUUUGUGUGUGGCCAGUCCACGAGUCACCGCAGUGCCAUUGGAUUCUUACUGCAAUGACCGAAGUGCAGAGUAUGAGCGGCGAGUGCUGAAGGAAGGAGGGAGUCUGGCAGCCAAGCAGUGUUUGUUGAAUGGGGCCCCUGAACUGGCAGCAGACUGGCUAAAUCAACGGUCCCAGUUCUUCCCAGAGCCAGCUGGAGGACUGUGGAGCAUCAGGCCUCAGAAUGGCUGGUCUUUCAUCAGGAUUCCAGGCAAGGAGAGCCUCAUCACUGACAGUGGAAAGCUGUAUGCCCUUGAUGUCCUGCUGACUCGGCUCAAGUCUCAAGGACAUAGGGUCCUUAUCUACUCCCAGAUGACCAGGAUGAUAGACCUACUGGAGGAAUAUAUGGUUUACAGGAAGCAUACCUAUAUGAGGCUUGAUGGCUCAUCCAAGAUCUCGGAAAGGCGGGACAUGGUUGCUGAUUUUCAGAACAGGAAUGACAUCUUUGUGUUCCUGCUAAGCACCCGAGCUGGAGGACUGGGUAUCAAUCUCACUGCUGCAGAUACAGUGAUUUUUUAUGAUAGCGACUGGAACCCCACUGUAGACCAGCAGGCCAUGGACAGAGCCCACCGCUUGGGGCAGACAAAGCAGGUUACCGUGUACCGGCUCAUCUGUAAAGGCACCAUUGAAGAACGCAUUCUACAGAGAGCUAAGGAGAAGAGUGAGAUUCAGCGGAUGGUGAUUUCUGGUGGGAACUUCAAACCAGAUACCUUGAAACCAAAAGAGGUGGUUAGUCUUCUUCUAGACGAUGAAGAAUUGGAAAAGAAACUACGAUUGCGGCAAGAAGAGAAACGGCAGCAGGAAGAAACCAACCGAGUCAAAGAGCGCAAGCGCAAGCGGGAAAAGUAUGCAGAGAAGAAAAAAAAAGAAGAUGAAUUGGAUGGGAAAAGGAGAAAGGAGGGUAUGAACUUGGUGAUCCCAUUUGUUCCCUCAGCUGAUAACUCCAACCUCUCUGCUGAUGGGGACGAUUCCUUCAUUAGCGUGGACUCAGCUAUGCCCAGCCCUUUCAGUGAGAUCUCCAUCAGCAGUGAGCUGCACACUGGCUCCAUUCCGCCUGACGAGAGCAGUAGUGACAUGCUGGUCAUUGUGGAUGACCCAGCCUCUUCAGCCCCGCAGUCUCGAGCCACCAACUCUCCCGCUUCCAUCACAGGCUCUGUCUCGGACACCGUGAACGGAAUUUCCAUCCAGGAAAUGCCAACCGCAGGACGUGGUCACUCAGCCCGAAGCCGAGGCCGCCCCAAAGGUUCGGGAAGCACAGCCAAAGGAGCAGCGAAAGGCCGGAGCAGGAAAUCCACCGCGGGCAGUGCGGCGGCCAUGGCGGGGGCCAAAGCCGGGGCUGCGGCAGCGUCCGCGGCCGCCUUCGCUGCAUACGGGUACAACGUGUCUAAAGGAAUCUCUGCCAGCAGUCCUCUGCAGACAUCUAUGGUUCGGCCUGCUGGCCUUGCUGACUUUGGACCUUCAAGCGCCUCUUCUCCCUUGAGUUCCCCUUUGAGCAAAGGAAAUAAUGUUCCUGGGACACCCAAGAGCCUCCACUUGACCAGCAGCCUAGCCCCAGACUCCCUGGUCCGGAAGCAGGGCAAAGGCACCAACCCGUCUGGAGGACGGUAACCACCUAGGCCUCCAGCUUCCUUCAGCCAAACCACGUGCUAGAGGUCUAGCCUGCAAAUGGUCUUUGGAUGGCUUGCCCGGUGCAGCAUCUUACAUCCCAGGUCAGAGGGCAGAGGUGACCAGUUGCAGCAGGUGAAGGACGGCAGGUGGUUAGUUGAGCACUUUUAUCACCUGUGGCUCAAGAAGUGUGCUCUGGGGUUGCCUAUAGGAAAAAGGCCAAGGACGGGGAUCAGCCCCACAGCAUCUCAGAUGAACGUCUUAAACCUCAUACGGGGAAGGGCCUGACGGAGCCCCUGCAGGUGCUCAGGCACACUGUCUCCGUUCCCAUUCCGCUCUUCAGCUCUGGUCCUGUCCCUUGCAAAGGCUUCACAAGUGUGGUGAAGAGCCUUCUGUGGUGGAAACUUCUUUUAGAGCUGGGAUUUCCUAUCGGACUAGGAAGGGAGGAAAUCAUGUAUCUGGCAUGCCCAGUCUUUGGGUAACUGCCCAGGUCUCUACACCCCAUUUGUCAGAGUGUCUCCGUUGGAGAGCAGUGAGUGCAAAAGGCAGUAGUGGCUUGUGAGGGUGACAGAAGCUAGAGGAAGCAGGCCUGGAGGCAGUUGUUUUCCUAGCAUUUCCUCCCCAUCCUGCAUGGUUCACACCAGGGAACCUUCAGGUCCCACCAGCAACAGUAGCAGCAGCUCCCACCUUGGGACUCCCAGAAGCCAGUAAAGAGACCAGGAGCCACCUCAGUCAGCAAGACAGCCUCACGCCCUCUUACAGGCUCCCCUUGCCCUUCCUGAAUGCACAGUCUCCCCGCCCUUGCCCUUCAGCCCCCUGCUUGGCUGUAUGCACUGUCUGUAUUGCACUGAGAAAGGAAGGGACAGCAGGAGUGAGGAGGAGAGGAUGGAGAGGGGGCGAGCUCAGCACCCACCCUCCCAGCCCCGCCCCACAGCCUGAGCUUGCUUCCCUCCAAGAGAGGCUAAGGAAGGUGUCUGCAUGGGAGGUGUUUCUGCCUGCCCGGCCUGAUGUUCCUGGUGGAGCAGGUGCUUCCAGGCGAGCCAGCCUCUAAUUUGCACACAUGAAAAUCGCGGAAUUGAAUUUAGAUAGAUUAAUUUUUAAAACUUUUUUUGGAGUAGGGGUGGUAGGGGAAUCAUUUAAUUUAAAUCAUUAAGAUUUCCCUGCCUAAACCCAGACUCCUAUGUACAGAUGCUAUUUAGAGGGAAUCAGAAAAAUGCCAAGCCUUUUUUCUCUUUGAAUGUGCUGUCUAUUUUUAUAACUGAACUUGUACAUAUGUAUAAAGAGAGACACAUCUUUCUUUUACUAACUGGAGAAAAAAAUCUUAAAUAAAAUGGAGUGAGAUAAUUUUAUGUAAA